CCUUCCGGUGCUUGACCUGUGACGUCACGGACCGGUAACCUUCGUCGAACACAAUGACUGAGAGAUCGUUCAAAUCGUAGCAAAUAUCGAGAGACAUCGGUGUUAGAAAUUGGCAAAAAGUGAACCUUAACUAUGAGUGGUCCCAUACCCUUCUUGGGCAGUAAAAUUAGCCUUAUAUCAAAGUCUGAAAUACGAUAUGAAGGCAUUUUAUACACCAUCGACGCUCAGGAGUCGAUUAUCGCUCUGGCCAAGGUGCGAUCCUUUGGAACUGAGGAUCGACCAACAGAAAUGCCAGUUCCUGCCAGAGAUGAGGUGUAUGAAUACAUUAUUUUCCGUGGCACGGACAUCAAAAAGAUAGAAGUGUGUGACACCCCAAAGCAGCCUACCCUUCCAGGGGGUCUUCAUAAUGAUCCUGCAAUUGUCCAGCACUCUGCACCUGCAGUUCCCUCAUCCUUCCAGGCGGCACCAUUUUCUCGGCAGUCCCUUGGGCCAAUUGGCGGGGGCCUGGGUCUGUCGUACAGUGCCUAUGGCCAGUCAAUGACACAGCAGGGUAUCCCAGGGGCGGGAGGUUUCCCAAUGGGGUCAACAUCCCAGCCCAGUGAGUUGAGUACUGUGGCGGGUGGUGGUGGUGGUGGUAACCUGGAUCAGCCGUCUGGCACGGCCCCAGUUGCAGUACAGGCCCCAAUUGGUCCCCCACCCCAGUCUGGUACACACGCACUCCACCAAACAGGUAUGCUGUCAGACAUCCUAGUAGGAUCUCGAUCGUCCACACCCACUACCCGCAAGUCCCCCGUGUCUGAUGCUGGAGUGCAGGUCUCCCCACCUCCCACUAGGGAAGAGAAAAAGAAGUCUCCACCACAACAACAAAGGCAGGCACAGCAAGAAAGCAGACCUCAAAGGAAUGGUAACCAAGGUGGCCAAAAUCGUCGCAGUAAUCAACAGCAGACACAGCAGCAGAUGGUGCAACAGCAAGCUCAGCAACAAAACCAACAGCAGCAACCACAACAGAACCAUAGCCAGCAGCAACAGUAUCAUAAUAAUCAGUACUAUCAGUAUCACCAACAGCAGUACCAGGGGAGGGGUGGUGGAUUGAAUCGUGGCCGUGGAAGUAGAAGAGCCUCUGGUCAGCGCGGCAGAGGACAGAUCUUCAACCAAGGUAGUCGGCAGAGACAGUUCCAGGAUCGGCAGUUGUUUGAAAAAGACUAUGACUUUGAGCAAGCAAAUGAGGAGUUUGAGGAGCUUAGAAAUCAGCUUGCAAAAACAAAGAUUACAGAGAAUGGUGACAAAAAGGAUGAUUCUGGACAUGAAACAGCUGGAGGGGACGAUGUGGAUGAUCAGUCAACUUUUUAUGAUAAAAGCAAGUCUUUCUUCGACAGUAUUUCUUGUGAGGCUAUUGAGCGCAGUAAAGGGAAGAGUCAACGUCCAGAUUGGAGGCUUGAGCGCAAGAUUAAUGUGGAAACCUUUGGUGUGAGUUCAGCAAGGAGAGGUUACUACCCUCGUGGACGUGGAGGUUACUACCGCGGUGGCUACUAUCGCACUUAUAAUUACAACCAAGGAUAUUACAGGGGUGGGAGUGGUGGAUAUCGUGGCGGCAGAAGUAGUGGAGGUAGAGGUGGAAUACCAAAUGUAAAUGGAAUGUCACAACGAGGAGGUGGAGCUGGGAACUCAUAUGCAUCUGCAGUCAGGAAUUCCACGCCGACUAAGUAGUCAUGUGAAUUACAAUGACACUGCACCUUCCUAGGAUAAACAAAUGAAAUGUAGAAACUAAUAAUAUUCUUGGAUAAAUGUGCCUAGGUAAAGGAAAUGAUUUAAAGCUUUAAUUGAUGCAAAUGGACCUCUCCUUCUUUUUGGUGUUUGAUGCUAUGGGUGAAUAUAGAUUAGAAAUAAAAAAGUUAAGGUGCAGCAACAUACAAAAUGUAAGUAGAUUUGACCAUUCUAACAAAAGUUAGAAAGUAUUAAAUUCGAGUAUUUUGGUUAUACAACUCAAUUCGCUUAUUGAAAAAAAAUUUUUUUUGGAGCAUGGUGAUUGCUUUAAUGAUUAUCUGUUGACAGAUAGUGUAAUAUGAAAAGUAUACAAGGUCCAUGUUUUGUAGAGAAGACUUGACCUGUUCAGAUUAUGGAAAGAAGUGACUGGAUAGAAAGGUUCUGGAAUGCUUACAGAUAAGGAUUCAGUUGGUGUGUUAUUUGGAAAGAGGAAUGGAAGAGACUGGAAAUGGGAAUGUACAAGAUAAGUUUGUGAAGGAUUUGUUGAACAGGUUUUUCUUUUCAUGGUGAUAUUUGGUGUUGGUUGCAAGCCAGCAGCAUUUCUUAGUCUUCUGUAGGUGCAAGGAACUUGGAUUAUUCAGUGGCUGCAUGAUUGCAUGCCAUUGUUAUGCUAAGACAUGUAUGCAGUUCCUUUUUGUCUGGCAAGUGAAACAAAAUCAGUAUAAAGAAUGUACAAAUAGGGCCCUCCUGUUAAGUGAUAGAAUGCAUUAGAUAAUAAUUGGAGCCUGCCAGUGAUUAGGGGUACUUAGGUCUGGUACCAUAAGCAAGGGGCCGAGGAAGACUAAAUUACAACAAAUGUAAACUGAUAGGGGAAAAUGGCAUAGCCCUAUAGAAACUUGAUUUUUAUUUGUGAAUCAUUUUAAUAGUUUAACUUCACAGGCUGAAUUUAUUUAUUUUUAUGGAAAGUUUUUUGAUAAAAGUUUUUCUUGUAGUAAAAAGCCCCUUCUCUUAUAUUUACUGGGUAGGCUAUAACCACUUGUUUGGUGAGUCAGCCUGGUCAUCUAAAAUGUGAUAAUGGAAAAAUCACUUGGUAAAAUCCCUAAAUGUAGGAAGAUUCAGCUCCAUACACACAAGUUUGGAGCAAAAUGUACACUGGAAGGAAAAGUCAUCAAUAUUGUAUCCUCCAUAACACUGCCCCUGCUGAUGAUAAUUGGCAGCAUCAGACAGUAUUGGCUCAGCAGUACAGGGGUCAGUCAAUGGACGCCACCAUCGUCCCCUAAGGUAUGUGGAGUUCAUCGUCCACAUCAAAAAUGUGCUUUUGAACAUCUAUUUUUACAAUAAACGGUAAAGCACA